AUGAAAAACCGCGGGAUCCGAAGGCGGUAAACGACAAGCUGCGAAACACUGUUAGCAGCAUCGCAGGCCUCCGCCAAAAGUUCUCCUCGAUUCUUCUUUCCCCAUCCGCUCCAGCUUCCGGACUGAUUUCUCGCUCUCCACUGGUUGUUGGUUCCCUAAGCCACCAAAUUCGCAUCAGUGCAGUUGUUUCGGUUCUAUCCUCCAGUCAACUACUGCGAAGCUUGGACAAUGGUGGAGCGCGAACGCCAGUAGCUUGUCAGCGUGUUUGGCUGCGUGCUUUCUGUAGGCUUCCAGCUAAAAUGCGCUCCAAGGAUAGGAUUUCAUACUUUUAUGAUGGGGACGUUGGAAGUGUUUACUUUGGUCCAAAUCAUCCAAUGAAACCACAUCGGCUCUGUAUGACUCACCAUCUCGUUCUCUCGUAUGAGCUUCAUAAGAAGAUGGAAAUUUAUCGUCCCCACAAAGCAUAUCCUGUGGAGCUUGCUCAGUUCCAUUCAGCUGAUUAUGUGGAAUUUCUGCACCGAAUAACUCCAGAUACUCAACACUUGUUUGCCAAUGAACUGUCUAAAUAUAAUCUUGGAGAGGAUUGCCCUGUCUUUGAGAACUUGUUUGAAUUCUGCCAAAUAUAUGCUGGUGGAACAAUAGAUGCUGCACGCAGAUUAAAUCAUCAACUAUGUGACAUUGCAAUAAAUUGGGCAGGUGGCUUACAUCAUGCUAAAAAGUGCGAGGCUUCUGGGUUUUGCUAUAUCAAUGACUUGGUUUUGGGGAUACUAGAACUUCUGAAGUAUCAUUCUCGUGUUUUAUAUAUUGACAUAGAUGUACAUCAUGGUGAUGGGGUAGAGGAAGCCUUUUAUUUCACUGACAGGGUGAUGACCGUUAGUUUUCACAAGUUUGGGGACUUGUUUUUUCCUGGAACUGGUGACGUUAAGGAAAUAGGAGAAAGAGAAGGCAAGUUUUAUGCCAUUAAUGUUCCACUGAAGGAUGGAAUAGAUGAUGGUAGCUUCACCAGACUUUUUAGGACUAUUAUCUCCAAGGUUGUUGAAAUGUAUCGACCAGGUGUCAUUGUUCUCCAGUGUGGAGCCGAUUCAUUGGCUGGUGAUCGCUUAGGCUGCUUCAAUCUCUCUAUUGAUGGUCAUGCUGAAUGUGUUAGAUUUGUCAAGAAAUUCAAUUUGCCAUUAUUGGUUACUGGAGGUGGAGGUUAUACCAAAGAGAAUGUAGCUAGAUGUUGGACUGUUGAAACGGGUGUUCUUCUGGAUACAGAGCUGCCUAAUGAAAUCCCAGAGAACGAGUAUAUCAAAUAUUUUUCUCCAGAUCAUUUGCUAAGAAUUCCAAAUGGGCAUAUGGAAAAUUUAAAUACGAAAUCUUACAUUAGCACGAUCAAAACACAAGUCUUGGAAAAUCUCCGUUUCAUCCAAUAUGCUCCAGGUGUACAAAUGCAAGAGGUUCCUCCCGACUUCUAUAUUCCUGACAUUGACGAAGAUGAGCAGAAUCCUGAUGAGCGCAUGAACCGGCACACCCAAGACAAGCAAAUCCAGCGUGAUGAUGAACAUUAUGAAGGCGAUAACGAUAACGAUCACGAUAUGGAUGAUGCGUGACGUUCAUCCUCGAUUUUUUUAAAAAAAGGUUAGAUGACUGACUUCAGUAGAACUAAAAACAUGUAAAUAGAUCGACCUGUCUAUUAUCUCUGUGGUGGUGCGUUUUUUUCCUCAUCUCUUCGCUUUUCCUCUUCUGGAAAGAGCCUUUUUUUGUUAUGGAUUUUUGUAGGUUUUUUUGGUUGCAAAGAAAACAGGGUAGAGAACAACAUUUUGGUCUUCCCCUUCGAAA